CCAUCACUCCACACCACUGAAGUCUCAGCCAACAUCAUGGCAGCAUUAGGACUCCUCUGGCUUGUGAUCGCCACAGCAUCCAUCCUUGUCAAAUGUGAGGAUGCAAAAUCUGAAGACAAAAAGAUCUACCCAGCAAAGAUCUUUGGACCAUCUAAUGUGACUGAAGGGGUAAAUGUCCAUUUUAAAUGUAGCAUUACUGGCAUCGGAGGACCUGAGGACAAGUUAAAUGUUUACCUUUGCAAGAAUGGAGUUGGGAUAAGAAUUGCGAAGCUGGAGAAAGGUAAAGAUGAUGCUAUUUUCACCAUGAAGGAUGUUACAAGAGAAGACUCAGGCAACUACAGCUGUGUGUACACCAGAGAUAAACCUGUACCCAGUCACUUGAAGUCAACAGGGGAUAAUUUAAUAGUCUUUCAUGUCGAUGGAGAAUGGAAAGAGGGACUAAAUAAUAUGGGAGGACAAGGCAGAGCAGGACUGGCAGCAGCCUUGGUCCUCCUGUUUCUGACUCUGUCUUUACUGCUGUUACUGUGGAGGUGCUGGGGGAUCCUGAAACCAAUGAUAGGCAUUGACCAUCAACCAAGUGAGACUCAGGAUACGGAUCAAACAUACAGUCUAAUCUCAGUUGUACCAGUCGCAGCUGGUGUAAUCUCUCCAACUGAUCCUACAGGAAAUGAGGCACUGCACAGUGUAAUAACUAGAGUGAAAAGACCAGAACAGCAGGGUGAAACUGCCAUCUAUGCCAAAGUGACCAAAACAAAGAAGGAGAAAGAAAAACAGGACCCUGUGUACAGUCUGCUGAACAGAGAGGACACCAUGAUACUGUAGUAGUGCUAUACUGUUGUGCUAUAUAGUAGUGCUAUACAGUAGGGCUAUUGUCACGCCCUGACCUUGGAUAUCUCUGUUUUCUUGAUAUUUUGGUUAGAUCAGGGUGUGACUAGGGUGGGUACGCUAGUUUUUGAAUUGUCUAGGGUUUUUGUAUGUCUAGGUUUGUUGUAGGUCUAGGAGUUUUUGUAUCUCUAAGUUGGCCUGAUAUGGUUCUCAAUCAGAGACAGCUGUUUAUCGUUGUCUCUGAUUGGGGAUCAGCCAUUUCCCCUUUGUGUUUCGUGGGAUCUUGUCUAUGUGUAGUUGCCUGUCAGCACUCGUUUGUAUAGCUUCAUGUUUCGUUUAGUUAUUUUGUUAGUUUG